AGGCGGGAGGGUUGCGGGGCAGUGCGCGGGAGACCAUGUCUGGGGGCAGCAGCUGCAGCCAGACCCCGAGCCGGGCCAUCCCCACCACUCGCCGGGUGGUGCUCGCCGACGGCGUGCAGCUCCCGCCCGGGGACUACAGCACCACCCCCGGCGGCACGCUCUUCAGCACCACCCCGGGAGGCACCAGGAUUAUCUACGACCGGAAAUUCCUGAUGGAGUGCCGGAACUCACCUGUGGCCCAGACACCUCCAAAGGACCUGCCCACCAUUCCCGGGGUCACCAGCCCUGCCAGUGAUGAGCCCCCGACGGAAGCCAGCCAGAGCCACCUGCGCAACAGCCCGGAAGACAAGCGGGCAGGCGGUGAAGAGUCACAGUUUGAGAUGGACAUUUAAAGGACCAGCCGUCUAGCGAGCAACGCCCCGGGCCCCUGAGACCCUUCUGGGCGAAGAGUCACACCAGCCAGGCCUUAAGAAAGUUAACUGAACUGGGGCAGGCGUCGGGUGGGACUGGCCCCCGCCCCGGCCCUCUGCUCCCUCACUCAGGGCACCCGCCUCCCUUCCUCUUUGUCACCACCAGCACAUACCUCCGUGUGCCUCUGUCGGUGCGGGAGCUGCCGCACCAAGGGCGGUGGCUCUGGCACACCCUGCAGCCUGCACCUGGACGCGGACCUCAAGGGAGCCCUUUCUGAAGGAUGUCUGGCUCUUCCAGCCCUCUGGGGGCGCACCCUCCCCUUCCUCAGGUUGGGGGUGCCUGGGGAAGCUCCUCUCCCCUUCCUUCCCCCACGAGAAGCAAUAAAAGCCACCUUCACUGUAGGGGCCGAGA